CUUCUUUCCUUCUCGAUUGACUGGUUGGCUUGCACCACCAACUUGACCCCUACACUUGUGAAAUCUUUUAGGAAGUUCAGAUCAGAUCAUUUCAGUUGUGGUGUCCAGCUGAUCUCAAAAUGCCCGACAUUCGAAACUUCUUCACCCCCAAAGGAGGGGCAGCCUCCGCAAAGCCACCAGUGCCGAAGAAAGAAGAACCUCCUAAGAAGGGCCGGGGCAGACCUCGCAAGAUCAUUGAAGAUAGCGAUGAAGAUGAUGAGCCUGCUGAAAAGCCCAAAGCUACGGCAGCAAAGGCAGCACCAAAGUCGACACCCAAGAAAAAGGCCGCUGCUUCCGAGUCACUAAAAGGCAAAGAGAUCUCUGCAGACGAUUACUUUUCAUCUACCAACUCGAAGAAAGCGAAGACUCAAACCACCCCCAGUAAACCUACCAUGCAGGCACCACUCCGUCAGAGCCCUAGAAACAAGGCUACGGUAUCCCCGGUGAAUGCGAAACGUGCGGUCAGAGCGAGACCGACGGCGUCUUACACCAAAACCACAACGCACGAUGACGAGGAUGCAUAUAUGGAGGACGGUGACGAGGAUGGAGAUGACAUCUUUGCUGCAGAUGUAAAGGGCCGCAACAAGAGGAAGAAUGACGAAUAUGCGGAGGAGGACAGCGAGGAGGAGGUUUUACCCAAGCCGAAGCGAAUCGCUUCCCGGGCCAAGACUUCAAAGGCUCACGUGUCCGAGAGUGAAGAAGAUGACUUCAAGCCUGUAUCGAAGAAAGCUACGAGCACUUCUAAGAAGCGCAAAUCACCACAGUCUGACGAUGAUGACGAGCCCGAGGCAACGCCGCGAAAGAAAGCGGCUGCAUCGAAGCCUCGCGCCCCAAGGAAGAAGAAGGAACCGGAAACGGAAGAUGCAGACUUCCAGGCGCUCCUGAACUCCGUGCCCACGGUCAGGCCACCCACCCCACCGCCUAAAGACCCAAAUGCCAAAUUUGACUGGCACAAAGCUGGUGGUAAUUCUGGUCCUCCUCCGAUGGAGGGCGCGGCUGAGAUCCCCGAGGGCGCCGAUGGCUGUCUCACUGGCAUGACAUUCGUUUUCACUGGCCAGCUUAAAACGAUCGGCCGGGACGAUGGCCAAGCUUUAGUCAAGCGUUACGGAGGCAAGGUCACAGGAAUGCCCAGCAGCAAGACGACUUUUGUGGUGCUUGGUGACGACGCCGGCCCGUCCAAAUUGAAGAAGAUCAAGGACCUCGGUAUCAAGACUAUUGACGACAACGGUCUGUUCGACUUAAUUCGCAGAGCGCCCGCGAAUGGUGGAUCUGGCAAGAAUGCGGAGAAACUCAAGGAGAAACAAGAGGCAGACAAGAAAAAGGUGCAACAGGCAGCCGCCGAGCUCGAGAAAGAAGAGAAGGCACUCCGUGCCGAAGCUGAGAAAACUCGCAAAGCUGCUGCUGCUCGAGGCGUCACUGCGCCAAAGCCUGUUGCUGCCGACGCACAGCUGUGGACUACCAAAUAUGCCCCUACACAACUAGCCCACAUCUGUGGAAACAAGACCAAUGUCGAGAAGAUACAGAGCUGGCUGCAAGCUUGGCCCAAGAACCGAAAGUACGAUUUUCAGAGGCGCGGCGCGGACGGCAUGGGUGGCGUCCGGGCAAUCAUCCUGUCUGGCCCUCCAGGCAUCGGCAAAACGACUGCCGCACAUCUCGCAGCCAAGCUUGCAGGUUUUGAUGUCAUUGAGAGCAAUGCCAGUGAUACCCGCAGCAAGAAGUUGGUGGAGAACGGAGUCAGCGACAUCAUGGACAACACAUCUCUGCUUGGGUACUUUGCAGGCGAUGGAAAGAAGCUUGAGAAUGCCAAGAAAAACAUUGUCCUGAUCAUGGACGAGGUUGAUGGCAUGUCAGCAGGUGACCGGGGCGGCGUUGGCGCGUUGGCCAAGUUCUGCAAGAAGACCGAGGUACCCUUGAUCCUGAUCUGCAACGAACGGAGGCUGCCCAAGAUGAAGCCAUUUGAUCACGUUACCUACGAUAUCCAGUUCAGACGGCCUACCGUGGAUCAGGUUCGCUCACGGAUCAUGACCAUCUGCCACCGAGAGGGCCUCAAGCUACCCGUCCAGGUUGUUGACGCUCUCAUCGAGGGCAGCAACAAGGACAUCAGACAGAUCAUCAACAUGCUCUCCACUAUCAAACUCGAUCAAACAGCCAUGGACUUUGACCAAAGCAAGUCCAUGUCUAAGGCGUGGGAGAAGCAUGUCAUACUGAAGCCAUGGGACAUUUGCCAGAAAUUGCUUGGUGGCAAUUUGUUCAACCCAGCGAGCAAAGCGACCCUGAAUGACAAGAUCGAGUUGUAUUUCAACGACCACGAGUUCAGUUAUCUGAUGAUCCAGGAGAACUAUCUCAAGGCCAAACCGGCGGGUCUAAGCGGCAAGGGAUAUAACAAGCGAGAGGAGAACCUGAAGUAUCUGGAGCUCGUGGAUCAAGCGGCUGAGAGCAUCAGCGAUGGCGAUCUCGUAGAUAAGAUGAUCCACGGUUCGCAGCAACAAUGGAGCCUCAUGCCCACACACGCGGUAUUCAGCACUGUCCGACCUGCGAGCUUCGUGUCUGGUAGCAUGAUUGGCUCCAAUUUCACCUCGUGGCUUGGCAACAAUAGCAAGCAAGGCAAGCUCGGUCGCUUCACUCGUGAGAUCCACUCUCACAUGCGGCUCAAAUCUUCUGGAGACGCAAAUGAGAUCCGUCAGCAGUACCUACCUGUUCUCUGGUACCAGCUCAUCAAACGCCUGUCAUUCGAGGGCAAGGACUGCGUUGGGGACGUCAUCAAUCUCAUGGACAGCUACUACUUGACAAGGGAAGACUUCGACGCUAUCAAAGAGCUCGGCGUUGGGCCGCAGGCUGAGAGCCUGGUCGAAAUUGAACCGCAGACCAAGUCCGCCUUCACGAGGGUGUAUAAUUCUAUGUCUCAUCCGGUACCUUUCAUGAAGGCCAGCAGCGUUGCCGAGCCGAAGAAGGCAAGCAAAGAGGUGCCCGACAUCGAAGAUGCCAUAGAUGCAGACGAUGACGAAGCCGACCUUGCCGAGCCCGUAGACGACGACGACGACGACGAGAUCGAUCUCAAGAAGGACAAAUAUAUCAAGAAGCCCAAGGCUAAGGCUAAGCGAGUGCCCAAGAAGAAGGCGGCUGAUGAGGUCGACGAACUGGAUGAUGGUGCUGAGAAGACCCAAAAGGGUCGUGGCAAAGGAAAGGCUGCUGCCAAAGGUAAGGCGAAGAAAUAAUCCCAACCUCGCAAGUGGGAAGGCGGUUUAGGUCACAGGUGGUCAGUUUUCUGCAACAAUACCUGGUAUGAGACGGUUGUCAUUUGCCUUGAGAUCAUUUUCCCAUUAGCAGGCGUGGCUUUCCGAGCAUGCGUGACAUGCGUCUCAAACAAACUAUUUUGGGCUUGCUGGAGGUAUUCUUUAUGACUAGGAUGGUUGUUGAAAGGGAUGGCACUCGUGUAGAGCACGCCUUUGUUGAACAAAACCUCAGACUCACAUGUCUGCAAAUGAUGAGCCAGUAGAUAGCCUAAACAUCAUCUAAGAAAUGGAGAUAGC